UAUGCAGGUGUGCGGGUGCUGGCGAGGCCGCCCACGACCCCGCCGUACCUCCUGAUCCUGUUCUACCUGGCGAAUGCGACGACGGCGCUGGCUGCGCUGGUCAUCGGCCUGCUGGAUGGGGGCGAUGGCACCGCGGCGGUUGCGCUGUACGUGCUCCGUGCGGCGUGGCCGACGAGCCUUGCGUGGGCGGCGGGGACGUGUCCGCUCGAGCCGCGUCUGCCCGCGCAGGACGCGGCGUCGGGCACGGAGGCGCCCUCGAGCGCGCGCACGAUGCCGGAGGACAGCGCGUCGCUCUGGUCGUGGUCGACGUUCUCGUUCGUCGAGCGGCUCUUCGGGGUCGCGCAGCGCCGGACGCUCGACGCGGCGGACGUGUGGCGCCUCUCGCCGUACUUCACGCACAAGAACCUGUUCCGGAAGUACCUCGGGUACCGUGCGGCGCACCCGACGCGCUCGCUGCUGCGCUUCCUGCUCGCGUCCAACUCGCGCGAUUUGAUACUCGACAUCGUCCUCCAGCUCUGGAGCGCGGUCUUCGGCUUCGUCCCGCCGUACGCGCUGCAGCAGAUCCUGUCUGCGCUCGCGGACCCCACGCCAGAGUCCAAGCGCAGCGCGUACGUCUUUGCGCUGCUCGCGUUCGUCGCGAACCUGUCGUUUGCGCAGAUGGACCUCUACCGGAUGUGGUACACCCGCCGGUGCUACGAGCGCACGCGGGGGCAGCUGUUCUGCGCGCUGCACUACAAGGCGUUGGCGCGACGCGAUGUCAGCGGCAAGGCGACUGGCGACGGGGCCGAGAAUGACAGCGCGGACCUGGGCAAGAUCGUCAAUCUCAUGCAGGGCGAUGCGUACGCCGUCGCUCACCGGUUCUGGGAGUUCGCGGGUAUCUUUACGGCACCUAUCCGCCUCACGAUCGCCUUGGUAUUCCUGUACCGAAUCUUGGGUUGGAGCUCGCUCGCGGCGGUGGGCGUUGUAGUCGUGGCCUACUUACUGAACUAUCCUCUGGCAAAAUACAACAUCUACGUUACCCGGAAUGCUUGGAAUGCCAGGGAUCGCCGGAUGAAUCUCGUGAACGAGCUCUUCCAAAAUAUUCGCUUCCUCAAGUUCUACGGCUGGGAAUCCCGCUGGUCCGACCGAGUGCAUGACUCCCGGGAAACCGAAUUGAAGUGGCGGGUGAAGGACAACAUUGUGUCCGUGUUGAUCACCUUCAUCUGGACAUGGAUACCAUCGGCGACGGCGGUGUCUUCGUUCCUGUGCUACACCCUCGUUGCGGGCGAGCGGCUGACCGUCGCGAAGGCGUUCACGUCGAUCGCACUCUUUUCCUAUCUGCAGGAGCCAAUGACCCAGCUGCCCGGGCAGUUCUUCGCCUUGCUGCGCGCGUACGUCAGCAUGCAGCGCAUAGAGGCGUUCCUGGCUGAAGAGGAGGUGCCCGAUUGGGCUUCGUCUAUCAAGAUGUCGCCUGCGAUGCGGACAUCGGCGGCUGCGGAAGUCGGCUUUGAGGACGCGGCGUUUGAGUGGGAUGUGGCGCCGAAGGACGUGCCAUCGCGUUUCCAGCUCGGGCCUCUCAGUGUGAAGUUUCCGGCGGGUAGGCUGACGCUGGUGAGCGGCGCGACUGGGUCGGGCAAGAGCGCGUUGCUCUCUGCACUGCUCGGUGAAAUGCAUUGUAUCUCGGGCGCGGUGGUUCUCAACAAGGCGGGGCAUCAGGUGGCCUACUGCGCGCAGAAUCCAUGGCUCGAGCACGCCACCAUUCGCGACAAUAUCAUCUUCGGCUCCGCCUACGGAUAUGACGAGAGACGAUACCAGGCAGCCAUCGAGGCGUGCGCGCUGACACGAGACCUGGAGAUCUUCGAGGCAGGGGAUAUGACAGAAAUUGGUGAGAAGGGAAUAACGUUGUCCGGUGGUCAGCGGGCCCGAAUUGCCCUGGCGCGUGCCUUGUACUCUCAGGCGACAUGUAUCUUGCUUGAUGAUCCGCUUGCGGCGGUCGAUAUGCACACGGCCCAGCACCUCGUGAAGAAAGCGCUAUCAGGAGAUUUGGCUCGCGGUAGGACCAUCAUCCUCAUCACGCACCACAUCACGCUGUGUCUUCCUAUCGCGGCCUACCUCGUCGAGCUUGCGAGCGGGGAGGUCAUCCGACAAGGUUCGACGCAGGAGCUGCGAGAGAAAGGCCAGCUGCAGAACCUUGUCGACGCGGAGGACGUCCCGCCUGCUGAAUCGGAGUCUCAGUCAUCGUCUUCUACUUCCAUCGUGCAGAACGAGGCUGAUGGUGCGGAUGCGGCGGGAAAUGCAGAGAGAGAGACUAAACCAAAAGGCAAGCUGAUUGAGGCAGAAGCCCGUGCUGAAGGACGCGUCUCAACGCGCACAUAUUGGACCUACAUCCGCGCGGCUGGGCUAUCCUCGUGGUUCUUGACUGUUGUACUCAUGAUCCUGAUCCGUUUGAUCACGAUUGGGAAUCAGUUCUUCAUAGCCAGAUGGGGCGAAGCAUAUGAGAAUACUGACUCUUCAAUAACAAAAGACCUAGCUCCGACUUGGGAACAGCUCCCGCCUCCAGAAGUCGAUGUCAGACCUUGGCUCCUGAUAUUCCUGUGCAUCUCCCUGUCUGGCGCGGUGACUGUCAUCCUUUACAUCUCGCUUGGCUACUACGCCAGUCUGCAGGCCUCUAGGUCGCUCUUCACAUCCAUGCUCCGCAGGCUGACUGGCGCCCCCUCCCGCUUCUUCGACGUCACUCCGAUCGGACGGAUACUCAACCGGUUCACGUCCGACAUCGACACGGUCGACUAUGCGCUACAAAAUUCUGCCAGGGCCGCCCUCUCAGGCUGUUUCAGCUUCCUUGCAUCUCUGUUUGUCGUCGUGUGGGUAGUGCCCUUGUUUGCACCAUUCGCACUCAUAAUAGCGUGGCUCUACAUCCGCCUCGCACCAUCGUACGUACGGGCCUCUCGUGACCUGCGGCGCUUGGAAUCCAUCUCGUUGUCCCCGGCGUUUGCUGGAUUUGACGAGCUAUUGAGAGGUCUACCCCACGUGCGGGCGUUCGGCAUGGAAGAGAGAUACCAAGAUAGGUUUUACAAGCGAGUCGAUACAUUCCAGUCAUUCGAUCACGUCUACUGGCUAGUCUCCGGGUGGCUCCAGUGGAGAUAUGAUUGUCUUGGGUCUGUUGUGGUCUUCUUGACUACAGUCUUCGCGCUGGCAACUUCCGUGAGCUCCGGCUUUGCUGCUCUGGUCAUUGUCCAGGCUGGCGUCUUUGCUGAAGCGUCACGAGUCCUUGUGAAAGUUCUUGCCCAACUAGAGCUCGACUUCAACUCCGUAGAACGCAUCGUGGAGUAUCUUGGCGUGCCGCAAGAAGCACCUGCAGUUAUUCCCGAUAGCAGACCGCCAGCAUACUGGCCAUCAAGCAGUGGCGAACUCAUUGUGCAGGAUUUGGUCGUUCGGUAUGCGUCGGAGCUGCCUGCCGUUCUGCAUAAGCUUUCUUUUACCGUGAAGCCAUCCGAGAAAAUUGGAGUCGUAGGGAGAACGGGUUCAGGCAAAUCGACAUUGGCAUUAUCUAUGCUGCGUAUUGUGGAACCAAGCGAAGGAAAAAUUAUCAUUGAUCAUGUAGAUAUCAGCAAGAUUGGGUUAGACGAUUUACGGACUCGCAUUACUAUAAUAAGUCAAGAUGUCUCGCUGUUUUCCGGCACCAUCCGAAGCAAUCUCGACCCGUUCGGAGAACACUCGGAUGAGGAAUGCAUGGAAGUGCUAGACCGCUGCCACCUCACAUCAAUAUUUUCCCGUACUAUUGGGAAGGCGGAGGGUGCAGCAAUCACCCUCGACAUGCCAAUCAGUCAGACUGGCUCUCUGAGCGCAGGAGAGCGGCAGCUCGUCUCGAUGGCUCGGGCUCUUCUUCGGAGAAGCAACGUGGUCAUCAUGGACGAAGCGACAUCGCAGAUUGACUCGAAUCUAGAUGAUCAGAUUCAACGGACCAUUCGUGAAGAAUUCUCUGGUGCGAUAGUGAUCACCAUCGCACACCGCUUGAAGACAGUGCUAGAUUAUGAUCGGAUCCUUGUCCUUGGCGGCGGAGACAUCCUCGAGUUUGACACUCCACGGGCCCUCAUUACCGAGCCAGGUGGUGUUUUCAGAGAGAUGUGCCGAGCAAGUGCGGAUUGGCAAGAAAUUCAAGCUGCUGCGGAGCAACGCUAA